UACAUGCGGAAGUUGACAUUUAGCGCCAAAUAUUGAGUCGGAAAGUGACAACAGAGACGCUUUAUUUUAACAACCAUGGAUGUUGCUCGCAAAAUUAAGACAAAGGUGUCCGCUGGCUUCAAGAUGCGGGGGCUGAUACUACGACCUGAAGCCAGCAAAUACCUACUUGAUGUCCUGGAGUCUGUCAAUGCUACUGAACUGGAUGACAUUAUUGAAAAGGUCCUGGAUGCAGUGGAAAAGCAACCAUUGUCCUCUAAUAUGAUAGAGCUGUCUGUGGUGGAGAGUGCUGUUCAGGAUUGCACUCAGUCUUGUGAUGAAACCAUAGAUAAUGUUUUCAACAUCAUUGGAGCCUUUGAUGUGCCCAGAUACAUUUACAGUGUGGAGCGGAAGAAAUUUGUACCCAUCAGUAUGACAACCCAUACAGCGUCCAGUCUGUGUGGUUUGGCCAGAGACAAAGCUGAAUUCUUCAGGGAGCGCUACACCAUCUUACAACAGCGUAUACAUCGGCACCAGCUCUUCACCCCUCCUGCAAUAGGAGCUGCUGUCGAAGAGGGUCAAAACAAGUUUCAGCUCAAGACAAUUGAAGCACUACUUGGCAGCACAGCUAAACUGGGAGAGGUGAUAGUACUGGGGAUGAUCACACAACUGAAAGAGGGUAAAUUUUACCUGGAGGACCUUAGUGGAACCGUACAACUGGACAUGUCCAAAGCACAGUUUCAUAAUGGCCUGUACACAGAAUCCUGCUUUGUGCUGGCAGAGGGUUGGUACGAGGACUCGGUUUUCCACAUCAAUGGCUUUGGUUUUCCACCAACUGAGUCGUCAUCAAGCACAAGAGCAUACUAUGGCAAUCUCAACUUCUUCGGCGGUCCAUCCACCACUUCAGUGAAGGCCUCCGCCAAGCUGAAGCAGCUGGAGUCAGAGAAUGAAGACGCCAUGUUUGUCAUUGUCUCUGAUGUGUGGCUGGACAGCGUUGAAGUGAUGGAGAAGAUCAAUGUCAUGUUCUCAGGCUAUGCUUCAAUGCCUCCAACCUGUUUUGUUUUUUGUGGAAACUUCUCUUCUGCCCCAUAUGGAAAAACACAGAUCAAAUCACUCAAAGAGUCAUUGAAGACACUGGCUGAUGCUAUAUGUACCUACCCCAGCAUUCACAGCAGUUGUCGCUUUGUGUUUGUUCCUGGGCCAGAAGACCCCGGUCCUGGUGCCAUCUUGCCACGGCCUCCAUUGGCAGAUCACAUCACGGAGGAGUUCAGGGAGAGGGUGCCAUUUUCAGUGUUCACAACAAACCCAUGCAGGAUCCAGUACUGCACGCAGGAGAUAGUCAUCAUCAGAGAAGACCUGGUCAACAAGAUGUGCAGGAACUGUGUCCGUUUGCCCAAUAACAAUCUUGACAUUCCAAACCAUUUUGUUAAGACCAUCCUAUCCCAGGGUCACUUGACUCCACUGCCUCUGUAUGUCAGUCCCGUAUUCUGGUCGUAUGACUACUCCAUGCGGGUAUACCCAAUCCCUGAUGUCAUCAUCUUUGCUGACAAAUACGACCCAUUCAGCAUCAAAAACACAGACUGCCUCUGUGUCAACCCGGGUUCAUUCCCAAAAAGUGGCUUCACAUUUAAGGUGUACUACCCAUCAAGCAGAACCAUUGAGGACAGCAAACUUCAAGGACUCUAAAGAAAAUAAAUGGAAACAGAAGGGGAUCCGUGGAAAUCGUUUUGUACAUUGCUUAUGUAUUGUACUGUUUGUUUUAAAUAGAUUGAUAACAAAUUGCUGUAAUUUUAUGCAUCUGUGUAUGUUCUGUCAUUAAUAAUAAAGAUUUUAUUCUUGAAA